AUGCCGCCCGACACCGCCGGCUACGACGACAUGUACGUCUUGUCCCUCCCGACCUUCACAUGGAUCAAGCUGUACCCGACCGACGGCAACGUCACCGGCCAGUACCCUCACCACAGCCUCACCUGCAACGUGGUCUCCGGUGCGCAGAUGCUCAUCAUCGGCGGCACGUUCCCCCUGUCCGACGACUGCGACGUGCCGCAGCAGUGGGGCACGCACAACGCCGACCUCACCAUGGGCUUUGCCGCCAACAAGGCGCUGUGGCAGCUGUACGCGCCCAACGAGACGACGUACUUGGUGCCCGACGCGAUUGUGAGCGCCAUUGGCGGUGGGCCGUCGGGGGGCGCGACCAAGACGGCGCCGGCGGCCGGGUGGGACAGCCCGGACCUGAAGGUGCUGAUGACACGGACGGCGAUAAUUGCCGCGCGGACGCCGACGCGCAGUGUCGGGAGCAACGGCGGUAGCGGAAAUGACAACAACAACAACAACAACUCUGGUGGAAGUCAUUUGGCCACCGGCGCCAUUGCGGGCAUCGCCGUCGGCGGGGCGUUCGCUGUCAUUCUGUUUGUCGCCGGCUGCUGGACCUGUCUGCGGCGGUACCGCGAACGGCGUCUCGGUGGCCAGGCAGGAGGCGGCGGCGGUGGCGGUGGCAACGGCCACCCAAGGACGGAGGGGGAGGGUUGGUUGGGACGCCGUCGCCGCUACCGCCGCCCUUUCAACGGCCCGCCAGGUUUCCCCGUCCACGACCCCUAUUAUGGCGUGGCCGGCGCGCCUGGAACGGCCAUGAUGAUGAUGCACCCGCCGGUCCACCACGGCCGCUACACCGAUGCACCCACGCCACCCGGCGGCUGGUCUCCACAGCACGGCUCGCCGUACUCGCCAUACCCGCCGACCAGCCCAUAUGCCGUUGCGUACGCACAGCCGCCGAUUGAGCUUGCCGCAUCCAGCGGCAGUGGGUACAUGCACUUGACGCCCGUGGGGUCUGCACUGGACUCGGGGUCGAACACGGGAACAGGUGGAACCGGGUCGGGUUCAGGGACUGGAACGGGGAUGGGUACGGGUACGGGUACAGGAAGCAGCGGUACGUACAAUGCCAGCCAACCGCAGGCGGUCGGCAAGUCGCCCAGCGAUCACGGCAGCGGGCGUGGAGUAUGGACCGCGCAGGUCAGCGAGGUACAGACCCCACCGCCACGGGGCAGCGUGGGCACCAAAGCUAGUGUGGGAGAACAAGGAUCACCGCGCCUCGGAGACCGCCGACACCGGGCCACAGGCAGUGAUGGCGGCUCGCCGCUAGCACGGGCACAAGAGCUGAGCGCCGAGGUGUUCAGCGCGCAAGACCGACCGCAAGGUUCAGGCCAGGUGCAUAAUACAUACUACCACAGGUAG